GAGCGCUCCAAGGCGACUUUCCCGCUCUUGGUGGGUGUAUUUUGGGUGCAGGCGCUGUUAGCUGCACACGGGAAGCGGUGACGCUGUAACAAACCUCAUUCGUCAUUGUCCCUGCCCAAUUUGACCCAACCGGUACAAGCUGAGCAGACGAGACCGGGAACGUGAGAUCGUCUGCUUCUACCUGGCGCGAGCGUACAGUAUAGCAGACGACCAGUCAGACUGAACACUCGGCUCGGGGUUACAUUCUGUAGGAUUUUCGAGUGGACUGACUUGUGAAUCAUUUUCUUUUAUUGGAGUACCGGUACAGGCUUUGUAUCAGACAGCAUGGGGGAAAAGGAAGAAAUCGUGAUGACGGCGAUGAAGAAGAAUGGCCGCGCCAUGAUGAGACUGGAGAGGAAGAAGAAAGAAGAUAUUAACUUCAACAACAUUCACCACAUAGCCGGGGGUCCCUACAAGGGCAUACUCGUCAGUAAGACCGCUGAUGAACUGGAAUCCGUCCAGCCUAGCGAGGGUAGGGUCGAGUUUAUGGCGUACCUGUUCGUCAAGAAUGAGGGUCACAGAGAACCAGUACAGGAUCUGUGGACGCUGCAGUUCUGGUUCCGGGGGUCGGCUGAUGGGGUGCAGAAGAAGAAGCUAUUCACAGACUACUUCCAGGAACUUGUGGCACCAGGGAGUCUCUCCAAAAAUUACAUUGGGUUCGUGAAGCGGGCCCUGGUGCUGUUGAAAAAUUAUCGACUGAUCAAACGCGUGGAGCUCGAGGUCAAGCAGAAUGAAGAGACAGAACCAGAUGAAGACAUUCCCCCAGUUCAGAGUUUCACCUCUGUGUUCACGCCGAGCACAUAUGCCUACCAGUUUGUACCGGAAGUCCAGGUUAACAACAAGCACUUCCUCACAUUCAAGAUCAAGGCCGCGGGAGACGCGUACCUCGCGUUGUCGGCUGUCUAUGGCGACGUCGACAGAAAGACGCACGAAAUCGUGUUGGGGGCGGAGGACAACACUAAAUCCUUCAUCCGUGACGGGUCCAUGGGCGCCAUCAGAGCACAGGCAACCACAAUCAACCUUCUCAGUGAAGACGACUUCCGGUUCUUUUGGGUCAGUUGGAAGAACCACGUGAUCGAGGUCGGCAGGGGAGCUUACUAUGGGAAAAAUACGUUCUUGAAAUACAAACUUCCGCAGACCAAACAGUUCAACAUAAACUGUAUGGCACUGUCAACCGGGCGAGCUUCGAAGGGACAGUGGGAGUUCGCAGAAAUAUUAGACGAGUUGCCGGUAUGGAGAACCUACACAGGAAACUACGACAAGGAACGCGCCGACAAGAGGGCAAAGAUCCGGAUGUGCCUGCUGUGGUUGGCAAAGAAACAGCGCAUGCUCAGUUGUCUGGAAGAUGCCUACCCAAACCCAGUCCCUGUGGCCGAGCUACUACAGAAGUGUAAAAUCAAGUCCACGGACUGCAUCGCCGCCGUUGUGAUGUUGAAUGAGAUGCAGAGGAAGGGGUUGAUACAGGAGGUGGAGAAGGACAUCUGGAUGCGGGUACAGUCCGGGGAACAGAACGCCAAACAUGAAAUCAAGUUGGUGAAGGAGAUGCCGACACUGACGGGGAAGGAGCAGCCGACAAUCGGCGUCAUCACGGGUCUGUUCUGUGAGAAGCUAGCCGUGGACGCCAUGAUGGAGGAAAAAACCACAUACGUCAAGUUCAAGACUGAAGGCAGACAUCAUUUACCAACUGGUGAGUCCCAGGUGUACACGUGUGGGCGUAUCGGCAAGAACACUGUCGUGUCCACCAAGCUGUCUAGGUUACAGGGUGGACAAGGUGCUAUGAUCGCCGCAGAGAACACCGUCACGAGGCUGCUGGGAACAUUCAGCAGAAUUGACCACGUGUUCAUUGUGGGCUGUGGCGGUGCCGUUCCCCACUAUACCGACUACACCAAACACGUCCGUCUCGGCGAUGUCGUCGUGUCGAUGCCAGUCGACAGCAGUGGAGCUAUGUACGUAUACUGUCAGAAGGUGGAGAGACUGCAGGGGUCACGUGGGUACAGCUAUAUGACACGUGCAUGGGACGCGCGGGACCAAACUCUUCAAACAGCUGUCAAAGACUUACGUAGAACUUCUGAAAUAAGAUCCCACGAGCCCAAACCGUGGGAGCUGUACGUGGAAGAGGGGAAAGAUAAACUCAAAGGAGAGGAAUCCAAAUUCCAUAGGCCAAACAUAACGACCGAUAAGCUGUACGCAACCAACCGGGACGGCACUGUUCUUCGGUACGACCAUCCACGCCCACGGAGCAUGUACGGAAGUGGGUAUCGGGAAGGGCAGAUGAACGUCCGGUAUGGCGUCAUCGGGUCAGGCAGGAUUGUGGCAAGGGCUGAAGACCUGAGGCAGGAUUUCUCCCAGAUGAACAAUGUUAAGGCAUUUGAUGCAGAGUAUGACUCCGUGUUGGAGUCCCUAGAAGGUAAUCGUUGUGACAGCUUUCUCAUCAUCAGAGGUAUGUGCGACUACGUCGACGGUCAAAAGAAGGAAUGGCAGCCAUACGCGUCAUUGACGGCGGCGGCAUACAUGAAAGCGGUGAUUAUGAACUUGUAAACACGCUAGUAGUUAACUAGUAAACUGUACAUGCGAAGUCGUUCCAUUUCCAAAUCAUUCCACUCUGUCCAAAAUGGGUCAUAAUGAAAAUAAUUAUACAGUUGCAGGUUGACGUAUUGUUAAUAUUUUACAGUUGCCAGAAAGAUACACUUGGGUUCCAUGUCACGAUGUAUUUUCGCAUAUUUGAUUUAAACAGUAUUUUAUUUCCAUUAAUGUUCAAAUUUUACAUUAAAUAGCAUUACAAAAUGGAAAAAGGAUUAGCAAACAGGCCAAAAAGGCCUAUAUUAAUGCUUCUCCUAAUAUUGUACAUUAUACAUGUAGAUUGUAAUGAAGUCUAUAGAGCAGACUUUUCGCAUAUUUACAUAUUCGUAUAGUUUAUUUUACAGAGUUGAUGCUAAAAUGAUGUUAUUGACAUGAGUACAAUCAAAUUACAUCAGCAUAUUUUCGUACAUUUUAUGGUAAAUGUCUUUCGACAAUGUUCUUUCUUUUCCGCAUAUGGUGUCAGGAUGUCUUCUAUACAUGUUGUGAGGAUUAAGCUUAUAACAUCCUUACAAAGAUGUUAGAAAGUUCAUGGUUUCAUAUAAGAAUGCUACAAAGGUUAGGGCUAUUCAAUCGUUUUACUGUGUGUGAAAAUAUGUUUUCAUUAUUUAUAUGUAAUGCCUUUAGAGGUUAUCGACGACGGAUUAUAAGGACCUCCUGGUCGUCAUGUCUAUUGUGUUUAUGUUAGCUUUAAAUAGGUAGGCUAUAUAUAACGUUUCAUCAUCAUACUUUUGUUAGUUUUGCUAGAAUUUCUUCUUGCUACUUAUGAAAAAAUACAUUAUAUUUACAAAUUUCUUCCCCGUGCAUAUCUUUCAGCUUGUGCAAUAAUGACCAUUAUAAAUCAAUCUGUUAUACGUAUUAUUAAAAUGUAUAUUGUAUAUAUUUUCCAAUACGAAAUGAUGUAAAUAUAUAUAUUCUAUUCUGGUAAUAUUGUCAUGGUGAAUCUCUUUCCAUGUAUUAAAUGCUCUGUUUUGAUAGGAGUACAUAAGGUAGUAACAUAUUCUCCUCCUCGUGAUUUUAAAACUUUUCUAAAUCGACCUAAACUAAGACAAUGCUUGACUACCACUUGCUUACACCACAGUCUUCAUUGUGAAGUUGGCAUUGUCUAACAUCGACUUUAUACUUUAAGUGAUUAUUAUCUUCCUUUGAUUGUGCAUGCAUGUUACUUAUUAUACUUACUACAUGUGCAUUCCCCCCACAAUGUAAGGUCAAGGGUCGCUAUCUGGGCUCAAAUGGCCUUUCACUUGAAUUUCUUGGUGCUUUUAACAAACUCGACGAGUCAGUUGAGUUGUUCUAUAAUAAAAUAUAUUCACACUUUAA